AUGACAUGGAAAUGUGUGUCUCGAUUCUAUUUCGAUCAGUAAGUUUUUACACUCUUAUUUUUUUUUGUAUUUUAGGUGGGGAAUAAGUUGGGAGUAUCCAUCUCUUCUCCGUCUGCCUACAUGCAAGGCGGCGACGUCUUCAGGUCUGAGAAGUCAGCAUUGCGGUCAGCGAAAAUGGAAUACGCGAUGCCAUCGCGUAUUCCAAUGGCUUGCAAUUCAUAGUAAGUUUUAAUAGUUUAAAACCUUUUAGUUCUUUGAUUUGUUUGAUAUUGAGUUGCUUCCUAAUGUUUUGCUUUGGCUUUAAAAAUAAAACAUUUUUACUUUCAGGCGUUAAGAAGGAAGAGGAUGGAGGUGCUGAAGUGAUGGAACAACCCUUGAAGAAAAAGGCGUUGUUCUACAAAGUUGGAGAGAAUUUCAAGACUGAUAGUUGUGUUAUAGCUCCAAAAACGGUGGGAUUGCUGAAGGAGCAUGUGAGGAGAGUUGAAGGUAAAGGUCAUACUCGCUUCCCUCCAGUUCGCAAUGGAAUUGGAUAUGCUAAGGCCAUCAAUAUCAACUUCGGAUAUGCUAAGGUAUUAUUAUUCGUUUUUGUAGUUCUAAUUUUUUUGUAUUUUAGGUGGGCAAUAAGUUGGAAUGA